AGAGGGAAAUAGUGAUUAGAAGAUGGCGCAUGAGGUUUCUCAAACAAAAGUGAAGCUCCCACACAACUAUGAAUCCAUUCUCGGAGAAGCAGACUCACAGGUUGACAAGUCCUCCUCCAAAGACAAGCUAUAUGAUCAGCUCAACUCUGGAGUUUUCUUAAACCAAAUGAAAAAGAUUUUAAAAGCUUUAUAAUCGUUAACGUUUCACCGGCAGAAAAGAUUAUCCCGGCCCCAGUUUUCCGCAAAAAACUCAUCUUUGCGUCGGGAGAAUGCUGAAAUUUUGGGUUGAUAUGUUGUCCCAUAAGAAUUGCUUCAUGUUGUUUGCACGGGAACUCUCAUACCCUAAAGGAAAUUUGUUUCUUCAUUCUAUAAUACUCGACUCUUCUCCUCGAAUUGAUGUGGCUGAACUACAGGAUUCACAGAGUUUUGAAGUAAAAGGGAAAUUCAACACAAUGAACCUCACUCCAGCCACUCUUUACCAAGUUUCAUUUACCCUAAUGAUGAAGGACGAAGCUCAAAAUGGAUGGGAAGAUCCAGUGAACCUCAAACUCUUCCUCCCAAAUGAAACAUCUGAAGUUCGCAAAGAAUAUUUGAAUAAAAGGCCGAAAAACCAAUGGAUAGAGAUCCUAGUUGGUACCUUUACAACUACGUAUAUGGAUUCCGGGGACAUUGAAUUCUCUAUGUACGAAUUCGAUAUAAAUCAGCACAUCAAGGAACAAUUUGACAUUGUGAAUAGUCAUGUUUGCUGGCACAAACAUAUCGGAAAAGCGCUGUUGCGACGCUGUGAAAUGGACAAUACUCUGACGAGUUAUUGCUGCAUCGGAGAUGGCCUCAUCGGAAAAUAUUCAUUUUCUUGUGAAUUUGGACUGGAAGGAAGGCAAGAGAUGCAGAACACUGCCGAAGAUUGCCAAUAGAAAGAGAACUUGGCAAAAGUAGCAGAGAAGAGCUGAAGAAUGUCAAGAA